CCAUCCCCUCUCUCUCUUCUUCUUUUCUCAUUGCUGUGAAAAUUAGGGUUUCCAAUUUUUCUCUCGUUGAAUCCAAAUUUUCCCUGCAAUGAGUUUCCGGUUUAGCAAAACAAAGAAACAGCAUCGGUCUUCACAUGUCUCGCCGGAUCUGAGCUCGGAGGAGUCUAAUCUGAUCAGCUCCUACGUGUCUGACUGUCAAGACGAUGCAUUUAUUCGGUCACUCUGUUCGACUGUCCAAGAACGCACCAACCAAGUCAUCAGGAAAGUGUGCGCAGGGCCCGGGGAUCGGUCACUCUCUGUGGACGCAGUGAAAGAGUUCACCGGCUACUUGACCACAACGAAUCAAGAAGUCGUCAAACUCCUUCACGAAUACAGAGAUGACAUACUGAAGAACGAUGAUUUGUAUGGUGUUGUGAAGGACUACUUCGAGAACAGUUAUCUGACUUUGAAGCUCUGCAAUGCUCUGGAGAAAUGUCUCGACAGUGCCCGAGACAGCCAACUGAAGAUUCAAGUCGCCGUCGAGCUGUUUGAGAAAGAAAGGAGGAAAGGGUUGGAUGCGGACAGGGAAAUCUAUUUUAGGACCCGAAAGGAAUUCAAGAACUGCAAGACUACUAUAGGUAACCCAUUUACCAAAGAAUUUUCCUCGUUUUUACAACAUGUUUAUGAAAGCCAAUGUUCAAUGCUAGAUAAAUUGCAAGCUAAGAAAAUUUUGCUUGAUAAGAAGUUGAAGAAACUCAAGGGUUGGAGGACUGUGUCGAAUGCAAUUUUGGUUUUGAGUUUUUCUUCCAUUUUGAUUUGUGCUGUUGUAUCGACGGCGAUUACUGCACCGCCAGCGGUGGCCGUGGUGGCGGCUGUGUCUGCGUUGCCGUUGGGGUCAAUGGCUCAGUGGAUUAAUUCCCUUUGGGAGAAUUAUGUGAAGAAGCUGAAAAAAGAGAGCGAGAUAAUGAGUUCCUUAGAUUUUUGGGCUCAUAUUGCGAAAUUUGAGAUGGAAAACAUUGUACUACUUAUCGAUACAUUGGACACUGAAAUUGAGUCACUGUUGAAGAAUGCUGAUUUUGCUCUUAAAGAAAAAGCGGCUGUGACGAGGGCCAUAGUUGAGAUAAAAAAGAAGCUGCGCGAGUUUACACAAACCAUUGAAGAUCUGAGUAAACAUACCAAGAAGUGUAGCGCUGAUAUAAUGACUGGGAGGGGAAAGAUCUUGGAGACUAUUAUCAAACAGCGCAACAAAUGAAAUGACACCUACUUUUGGUAUGUAUAUGUAUGUGUAUAUAUAUAUAUGUGUGUGUGUAUGUAUUGCUCUUAUGAUUAAUUUACACAAUGUAUGUGACUUAUA